UUGUAUAUAUUCGUUCCAUUCUGAAAAGUAAAAAAAUACAAAACAAAAAUUGAAAAUUCCAAGUUGGGGUUCUCACGAUUUCGAUUCACCCUUUCUCCCACACACUCCGAUUCUCCUUGUAAACAGCGGUGCCAGAUUUUGAGAUACCCUUUGUGUUCCCAAUUAAUGGGUUUUUUCUGGUGAUUGUAUGGGUGUUAAUUUAGAAGUUGAUAUAGGAUGGGGGCAAUGAUGUCGAGAUUCUGGUUCAUGUUAUUCCCUGCAAAAGAGUAUAAGAUUGUUGUUGUUGGAUUGGAUAACGCUGGAAAAACCACUACCCUUUAUAAAUUGCAUCUGGGUGAGGUUGUAACUACCAACCCUACUGUUGGUAGCAACGUCGAAGAGCUCGUCUACAAGAAUAUACGAUUUGAGGUCUGGGAUCUUGGUGGACAAGAAAGAUUGAGGACAUCAUGGGCAACAUAUUACCGAGGAACGCAUGCUGUUAUUGUGGUGAUAGACAGCAGUGAUAGAGCCAGGAUCUCUAUCAUAAAGGAUGAACUUUUUAGGUUGUUGGGGCAUGAAGAUUUACAACAUUCUGUUAUUCUUGUCUUCGCUAAUAAACAAGAUAUCAAGGAUGCUAUGACUCCUGCUGAGAUCACUGAUGCACUAUCCCUUCACAGCAUCAAGGAUCAUGAUUGGCAUAUACAAGCUUGCUGUGCCCUAUCAGGAGAAGGGUUGUAUGAUGGUCUUGGAUGGAUUGCUCAGCGAGUAACUGGCAAAGCCCCAACAUGAUGUUGUGUUGCUGAAAACCUGGGAUGAGAUUCAUUUUUCAUGUAUUGAAUUUAUAUGACGAGGGACAAAAACUCUAUGUAUCAUUUAUACUUCUAAGAGUCAAGCAAAGAUAAUGUGUUUGAUUUGCUAUGAGGAAAAAGAUUAUUCAAUAAUCUGAUUAAGACACAUUUUUUUUAUCCUCA